GAAUUUUUCGAAUCCGGCGGCGGAAAUCGAAUUUUUUUUGUUUUGUCGACGGAAGCUACGAAAAAUGGGAAGAGGAGGAAGACAUAGAGGUCGUUCUCAGAGAAAAGAUUUCAAAGAAAGCAGAGAGAAUGUUUGGAAACGUCCCAAAUCCGAUGCUUCCGUUGAUGGUUCCGAUAACGCCGUACUGGAACAAAAACCUACUUGGGAACCUAUUGUCACUGUUAACCCUAACUUCGAAGAAUAUUACAAGGAACAAGGAGUUGUGAAAAUAGAAGAGUGGGAUUUGUUCAUGGAGAUUCUUCGUAAGCCUUUACCUGCUGCGUUUAGGGUUAACUCCAAUGGCCAAUUUUGCGAUGAGAUUAUAUCGAUCUUGGAGAAUGACUUUAUGAAAUCACUUCAGGCUGAGGCUAUAGAAGGUGGUGAAUUGGAGGCUAUUAAGCCUUUGCCUUGGUAUCCGAAGAAUCUCGCUUGGCAUUCUAAUUUUUCUCGAAAGGAGAUUAGAAAAAAUCAGACACUUGAGAGGUUUCAUGAAUUUUUGAAAUUAGAAAAUGAAGUUGGAAACAUAACCAGACAGGAAGCUGUUAGCAUGGUACCUCCUCUCUUCCUAGACGUACAUCCAGAUCAUUUUGUACUUGACAUGUGUGCUGCACCGGGUUCCAAAACAUUUCAGCUGCUUGAGAUUAUACAUGAAGCAUCAGAACCAGGAUCUCUACCUAAUGGAUUGGUGGUGGCUAAUGAUGUUGAUUUUAAAAGAUCUAACCUUCUCAUUCACCAAACAAAGAGAAUGUGCACAUCCAACUUGAUAGUGACAAAUCAUGAAGGGCAACAGUUUCCUGGUUGCCGUUUGAACAAAUCCCGAGCUUCCGAGAAAGGAAUAAGUGAAAAUAUGCCCAUUAAUCAACUUGCCUUUGACCGUGUGCUAUGUGAUGUUCCAUGCAGUGGUGAUGGUACACUGCGUAAGGCUCCAGACAUCUGGCGGAAAUGGAAUUCUGGAAUGGGCAAUGGACUUCAUAGCCUUCAGAUUAUUCUUGCUAUGAGAGGUUUAUCUCUGUUGAAAGUUGGUGGGAAGAUGAUAUACUCAACCUGCUCAAUGAACCCAGUGGAGGACGAAGCUGUUGUUGCUGAGAUUCUAAGGAGGUGUGGUGACUCUGUUGAACUUUUAGAUGUUUCCGAUAAGCUUCCUGAACUUAUACGAAGACCAGGUCUUAAGAAAUGGAAGGUGCGUGAUAAAGGUGGGUGGUUUACUUCUUACAAAGAUGUUCCACAAAACCGGAGAGGCGGAGUUCUUGUGAGCAUGUUUCCUUCUGGGAAAAACCUCAAGGACUCAUCCGAAACCACGGAGAAGAAUGAGAACGGUGAUGUUAAAGGCUGUGAAGAUGAACACAAAGAAACAGAUAUUCCUGUGGUGGAUGCUACUCCUGAUGAACAAGCCGAGGAAGUCUCUGAUCUUCCACUUGAACGUUGCAUGAGGAUAAUGCCUCAUGAUCAGAACACCGGAGCCUUCUUCAUUGCGGUCCUUCAAAAAAAUUCUCCCUUACCAGAAUUUCAGGAGAAACCAAAUACGAAAAGGAACUCUACUGCUAAGUCUACUGACUCGACAGAAAAGUCUCUGAGUAAAGAAUCUGUUGUUACAGUGGAUGCUGCUGUACCAGAUGAGAGUGCAGUGGAAAAAGUUAUUGAAGCAGAUUCAAACAAUGAGAAAGAUGAUAGCUUGGAGCCUGAGAAGAAAAUCACAGAAGAAGAAAGCAUCACGGAAGAUAAAGAAGCCAAUUCGAGUAAUGCGGGAGGCAAGAGAAAAGUACCGAUGCAAGGGAAGUGGAAAGGCUUUGACCCUGUUGUUUUCGUGAAAGAUGAAACAGUAAUCAAUGGCAUCAAGGAAUUCUACGGUAUCAAAGAUGAAUCAUUUCCAUUGCAUGGUCAUCUUGUGGCAAGAAACAAUGACACAAGCAGCGUCAAGAGGAUUUACUAUGUUUCAAAAUCGGUUAAGGAAGUUCUUCAGUUGAAUUUUGCAGUCGGGCAGCAGCUUAAGAUCGCUUCUGUUGGCCUCAAGAUGUUUGAGAGACAAUCGGCAAAAGAAGGUUCAAGCACACUGUGCCCAUUCCGUAUAUCAUCCGAGGGACUACCUGUGAUCCUUCCAUACAUUACCAAACAAGUACUUUAUACUCCAAUGGCAGACUUCAAACUUCUUCUGCAAGACAAAUCAAUCAAGUUUCUGGAUUUCGCCAAUCCACAGUUGGCCCAGAAAGCAACUGACCUUGUCAUGGGAAGCUGCGUGGUGAUUCUCAGCGAUGGUGAAGAACCGGUGAAAGUGGAUGCGUCAACAAUUGCCAUCAGUUGCUGGAGAGGGAAGGCUAGUUUAGCAGUUAUGGCCACUGCCGCAGAUUGCCAGGAGCUGCUAGAGAGAUUUGCCGAGAAAACACCAAAAACGGAAGGUGGUUCAGUAAAUGGAAGCAAUGUCGAUUUGGGCGGUCCUCAAGCUAUGGAGACGGCUUAAAGCCCUCCCUUCAUCAUAACUUCAAAUUGUACUCCUUUGUUGUGCUUUUGACUAUUCCUAUCCUAUCCAAUACCUCCAUAUUCUUUUUCGUACAAGCAUCAUCAUGAUAACUUUUGAUGGAAACACAGACAAAAAAUGAAAGAUUUUGUUCUAA